AGCCCUCAGUCUGUCUGGCUGUGUGUGUGUGUGUGUGUGUGUGUGUGUGAGACAGCCCUCAGUUCGUCUGGCUGUGUGUGUGUAUGUGUGGGCAUGCAUUACUAUCUUUGUGAGAACCACAUGUUCCCACAAGGAUAGAAAGAAAGGAAAAUUAUGCAAAGUGGGGACCUUUUGCUGGUCCCCACAAGUUCAAGAGGCUGUUUUAGGGUUAGGACUUAGGGUUAGGGUUACAAUUAGGUUAAGGUUAGAGUCAAGGUUAGGCAUGUAGUGGUUGGGGUUAGGGUUAGGGUUAGAGGUUACGGAAUGAAUGUAAGUCAAUGGGACGUCCUCACAGGUAUAGCAAUAUGAACAUCUGUGUGUGACAGCUCUCAGUCUGUCUGGCUGAGUCUGUGUGUGCUGUCUCCUUGCCUACCUGCAGGGGGCUCGUUGAGCUGAUACAGAACAUCUACCUGAAAUUGGGAUUGUUAGUGGUGAUGCGUACCACCUGGGGGAACCAGUGGCACUCACCUGUAUAAAGGCAGUUGAAGCUAGUCCCUCUCUCUUACCUUCUCUUCAGCUGUGUUCUGGAUUAUGUGACUUUGGUUAUGUUCUCUUGGUUUUACACUUUACAAUACCUGGCAGCACUGGUUACACACGACCAAACACUCCCUUCACUACCGAGUGCUAUCCUACUGACUUACACACUUUUCAUACCUUUUUGGCUGGACCGCAACAGCGAGGUCAGCCCUACAAACGCGAACGUCUGUGACUGAGUGAUGAAGUUACACCAUUGGUCGGCCGGAUCACGUGUGUUAGGUCCAGCCACAUACUAGGUUUUAACCUGGUCUUGUUUAGUAUUAGUUUACUACUUGAAGUUCAUCAUGAAACCUUCAGUUAAAUUCCUUUAAUCAUCUGCCAUCUCUCUUUUUUGUUUUUCCCUUGAGCUGGGUCAUGACAGAGUGGGGGCUUGUCCGGGAUAAACAAAACAAGCUACAUUUUAGUGAGCUGCGUUUUCAGUCCAAACAGAAAUUCAGCUGUUGUUUUCCCUUCAUGAGAAGACAAAUCUGAAGCCUUAUUUACAAUAUUAAUGUUAACAUUUCUUGAGCUUACAGAAUUAGUUCAACUUCCCAUUUCAGACUGUGUGUGUACCUGUGUGUGUGUAGUGUGUGUGUGUGUGUUUGUCUGUGUAUCUGUGUGUGUGUCUGUGUAUUUGUGUAUCUGUGUGUCUGUUUGUGUGUGUCUGUGUAUCUGUGUGUGUGUCUGGGUAUCUGUGUGUGUGUGUGUCUGUGAUCCUGGGACUAGCAUGAUGCAAACCCGCUCACACACACACACACACACACACACACACACACAUAUUUGCACCUUGUUGGCCAACCACAUUUUUUUAAUUCUGAGGACCUUUAUUUCUCAACACUUACGAAAAGAGGAAAGGAAAUCCUGAGAAAGACACCCCGCCAAGCCCACAGUCCUUUCAUACAACCUCACAUCAGCCAAUCCCAUCUCUGCGCUUAGAGUCCCUCAUCGGCCCAGCCAAUAAAAUCAUAGUAUUCAUGAGUGCCCCAUGAUAGAGCACCCGUCACUAGCCAGAAAGUGUUCAGCGCUUUGGAUUUCUUUCCCACAAUAGCCAUGAAGAGCAUUGCGAUUUUCACUCUUCUUCUGUCAGCGUGUGAUGGCUUCUACGCGGGUGGUAUUUCCGUGCCGACCGAGGUGCGUGCCGUGGCGGGAGAGACGGUCACAGUGCGCUGCAGCUACCCCCCCCGUUUCUCAAACAGACCGAAGCACUGGUGCAGCGGCGGCGCGUACCAGUCCUGCAGAGUGCUUGUGAGGGCCGGCGAGCCGCCCACGGACAGGGCCUCCGCCAGCGACGACCAGAGCGCGCUCACGCUCAGCCUGACCCUCACCGCCCUCCGGCCGCAGGACGAGGGGACCUACUGGUGCGUCAUCUCCGGGAAAUUCAGAUACGUCUACAAGUCGGUGUCCCUGCACGUCCUCCAGCCUACAGAGCCACCCACUACUGCCACCAAGGAGCCACCAGAGGGAGUCGCAUCAGAUUGGUGGUCCAUCCUGCGAUGGGUCCUGUUCUUCCUGUUGCUGGCGUGUCCCCUGGGCCUGUGUUUGAGGGAGAGGGGCGUCGGGCGUGGCUGCGUUCCUCUCUGUCCCGGGACGGGCGUCCACACCCCCCCCAUACCGCUGCCCCCUUUGCCCCAAACGGGGUGACUUUCCCUCACCUGCCACCCGGCACAGAGGACCAAACCCGGACUGUUACUCGUAUUUAUUUUAGGAAGGGGCUACCUGCUGAACGUGCCCAACAGGGGGGCAACUGACUGGAAACAUCCUGGAUUUUUGAUGAGAUCCACAAGAACUACCAACAACAUUAUCAACAAGAAAACAUACGGUGUCCUAACAUAGCAGUUUCCUAAAUGAGACUCGGACCCAAGUGGGGGGAGGAGGGGGCACAGUGAGACAAAGGGGGAGAUGGCGGGGGGGCGUGGUGAGGUUUGGAAAAAGGCACAGUGCAUGAGGUGAGGGGGUCUUAUAAAAUGGCUUAUUACCAAAAGGUGGCAUGACCACAAAUGCUCGGGAACCUAUAAUGAUGUAACAUAUAACUGUUUAUAGGCAGAUUAUAACGUUUUUUGUACAUUUAUUUGUGUGUGUGCGUGCGUGCGUGCGUGUGUGCGCAUGUGAUUGUGUGUGUAUGUAUAUAUUUGUGGGUGUAAUUUUAACCGACAACCUUUUUUAAAUUGACCUUUUAAGUUGAAGAAUGGCAAGCUUCUGUUGAAGCCUGUGAAAUUUGAUAAUUUAGCUCAGUUUAUAUUAAAAUAAAAUGUACAGUCGUUAUGUGA